GAAAAACUGAAUGCCAAGAUGAUAUUAGUUCAAAUGAUAAGUCAUAUAAUGGACGAUCAAUAUUCUAUCCAGCAGUAUUGAGUGGAAAUAAAGAGGUCAUCGAAUAUCUUCAAGGUCACGUGCACAAUUCGACAGAAUUGUUAUCGAAGGAAAUGAAGAAUGACAACUGCAGGACGUUUGAAGAGUGUAUUGUGAGGAAUAAUUUGACAGACUUGCUGAAUUUUUUGCUAAAACUUAAGGACACUUCUCCAGAAAAUCAAUUGCCAGAAUCUGUCAUUCUGGGAAUAUGUAUGAGGUAUGUUGUUUGAUACUUUCGACUCCAUACGCAAGUGACUAAAAAGUUUUGAUUUGAAAGGUUUUGUAGAUGGAGAUUUUAAUGGAAUAUAUAUAUAUAUAUAUAUAUAUAUAUAUAUAUAUAUAUAUAUAUAUAUAUAUAUAUAUAUAUAUAUAUAUAUAUAUAUAUAUAUAUAUACAUAUAUAUACCGGGUGUCCCAAAAAAAGUACUCCGGUUUGAUUUAUAAUAACUUCUAAACAAGUAAAGCUGUCAAACAGAAAUAACUUGCAUUAGAUAGAGGAAGGGCUAACUUAGAUUUUGAUAUAUUAGAGUUGUAUUUUACUUAACAAUUCAUGGAGAUAUUAAUGUUCAAAAUCGGGAGCAUAUUUUGGGAUGUGUCUAAAAUUAGCGAAAAUCGACAUAUCAAAUAUUAACUCCAUGUAGGCAUGUAUAUAUAUAUAUAUAUAUAUAUAUAUAUAUAUAUAUAUAUAUAUAUAUAUAUAUAUAUAUAUAUAUAUAUAUAUAUAUAUAUAUAUAUAUAUAUAUAUAUAUAUAUAUAUAUAUAUAUAUAUAUAUAUAUGUGUAUAUAUAUAUGUAUAUAGGGUGUAUCAAAAUAAACGCAAUUCAUCUUUUGUGCUUAAUAACUUUCGAAAUACUAUUUCUAGUUAAACGCUUUUAGGAUUACUUCAAAGCCUGUUCUUUUCUCUUUCAAACAAACUAUUAUCCUUGUCUCCAAUGCUAGUAAUAAUUGCACAGGAAAAGAUUUAGUAAAACCUAUCAUUUUAGUUGCUGUUUAAUUAUGCAAGUUUACUAUGUUAUUGUUUAGUCGGUUUAAAUGUUAGAAUUUUCUUCUUUAAACUUUAAUGUUGUCGUCACUAUAUCUGGAAAACCACGUAAGAACAAAUUAAAAGUAUUUUAAAAGAGACCAGGUUGUUUGAAAAUCCUAAACGAAUGCUAAAAAUCGUCAAACAUUCUGGUGUCUGAGCCAGAGUGUCAUCGAAUUGCGAUGUAAUGUAAACAGAAAUUAUAGCAAGUUGAUGUCAGUCAGCUUAGAUGGUCCAAGCCAAAAUUAUAUCGCAUUUGAAGUUUAAAACUGAGUUAAAAAUAGUGAAAGAAAAGCCGUAAUUAUACUUAUUGUUACAAUCCAUUUAAUAAAAUGCAACAUUUUUUGUUUUAAUGAAAAAAUCAGUUAUUUUCAUGAGAACGAUUUGUUAUUCCAUCUCAAUUUUUUUAAUCUCCAAUCGCAAUAACUUAAAGUAUUAUUAGCCGCGAACCAAUGAGUCAAAUUUUAAGAAACAAACCCACCGUUAGAAAGCUGAAUGGCUACGCUUUAAAAUGAAUGUAAACUCUAACGUUUUCGUCUAUUAUUUGUUUAGCAAUUUACAUUUCAGUCGAGGAUUGCGCUUUUUUUGAUACACUCUCUAUAUAUAUAUAUAUAUAUAUAUAUAUAUAUAUAUAUAUAUAUAUAUAUAUAUAUAUAUAUAUAUAUAUAUAUAUAUAUAUAUAUAUAUAUAUAUAUACAGUCGAACCCCUAUUAAUUUUCGGGACCUCGCCAAAGUGUCCGCUUAAAAGGGUAUGUAGAAAAACACAGCAGGAGGCAAAGGUGUGUAAUUAGGUGUGUAAUUUGAGUAUCAAAACAGUAAAAAAUAUCUAGCAAAUAAUUAGCCGAUAAAAUGAAAAUUUCUUUGUGCAUAAAAGUUCAUUCAAACACUCAUUAAUAAUUCAUAAACUUAUUGGCAAAUCAUGUUAACCAUAAUAUGUCACGUGCAGUGGCUUUAAACCUGAUAAAACACUACUAAUUAGUAUUCUUUAUAUAAAGAAUACUAAUAAGGCAGUAUCUAUUGUAGUCGUGUCCUCAUUAGUAUUUUUUAUACAAAGAGGGGCGUCACACAAUAACUAUUUACAAAUUAGAGAGUAUACACAUUAAACUAUAUACAAGUUAAACUAUAUAGAAAAAACAAGGAAGCAAAGGAUAAUAGAAAAGGAAUUAUAUAAAAACUUAACAAUUGGUGCGAUCCAAAGGAGGUGUUCAUGCCUGACAUACUUUUCUUUUAAAAGAGAAAGGGUUUCAGAAUUUUCUGAAUCCUCAGAAAGAUGAUUCCAUUGCAUGGCACCACUAUAUCGAAAAGUUUUCUUUAAAAAUUCACUAUUAGGCUUAGGUAAGCACAGAUCUGUAUCGCUACUACGCAAAUGAUAAUUAGAUUGGAUUGUAUUUCUUUUGCAAAACACUCGUUUAGAUUAGGGACAGUGUGAUUAUUAAGUAUUUUGUAUAUCAUUAUUAAUUUAUUUUCUAAACGUUUCACAUCACGUGUUUGCCAACCGAGAGCAUCCAAAACAUCAGUAGACCUAAUAUCAUAACUGGCUCCAGUAAUCACUCUAGCUGCACGGGAUUGAAAUUUUUGUAGUUUAUCUUGAAGUGUUUUUCCACAGGUAUGCCACAGAGGGGAACACUAAUCAAAGUAGGGUUGAGUUAAUGCUUUGUAAAUUGUUUGCAGAGUUGCAGGUGGGACAAAGGGCUUUAUACGCUUCGUGGCCCCAAUUCCGGCACUGACUUUAGAACAUUUCGAAUCGAUGUGUGCAUCCCAAGUUAAUUUUUCGUCAAUGUCCAUCCCUAAACAUGUAUAUUUGCUAUUUCGAGGGACUGGGGUAUUAUUCAUCAAUAUUGGUGUAUUUCCAAUUUUAUUGAUGAGGUUAUAAGAUGAAGCAAUAAACAUGACUCUUGUUUUGGUGGGACGAUGUUGAAGAUUAUUUUUUAUAAGCCACCUCUGAAUAUUAUUUAGAUCAUCAUUUUAAUUUUGAGCUAAUGUCUCAAAAUCAUAUGAGGAAGACUAAAUUUCAGUAUCAUCUGCAUAGAGAUACGGAGUUGUUUUUUACAAGUGAUCUGGCAUGUCGUUUACAUAAAGUAAAAAUAACAAUGGUCCUAGAGUUGAACCCUGGGGGACACCGCAUCUUAUUUUCUUCGGUAAGGAUGUGUGGCCAUUUACCAAGCAAACUUGCUCUCUAUUCGUUAGGUAGGACUCAAACCACUUCAGUUCAAUAUCAUGUGUUCCAAAUUGAUUUUUUAGCUUUCUCCAUAAAAUCUUAUGGUUAUUAGAAUCAAACGCUUUACCAAUAUCCAGAAAUACUACUCCAUUUAUUUUGCCUUUAUCCAUAUCACUUAGCCACUGGUCACACAUCUGAAUAAGCGCGCCCACAGUUCUAUGUUUUGGUCUAAAUCCUGGUUGAGAUUUUGAUAAUAGCGAGUUUCAUUCAGAUAUUUAUGUAUUUGAGUAAACAAUUCUCUUUCGAAUACUUUGCUUAUAAUGGGUAGAAUCGAAUCGGUAAUUUUCAAACUUUUUUCGGUCUUCUGAUUUAUAAAUCGGAGAUACUAGCUCGAGCUAAUUUCCAGUCGUUUAUGUAAAUACCAGUGCUAAGAGACUGUUUGAAUAUAACGGUCAACGAUGGAGCGAUGAUGUGUGAUGCCGCGUUAAGAACUUUUGCCGGUAUGUUAUCAACACCGGUUGCUUUAGAAGCUUUAAGAUUUUGAAGACGCGAGGCAACAUUACUCACACUGAUAUCGGAAAAAUAAAAACGAGUCCCAGGACAAUUUUGGUGGAAAUUUGGGUCAUCACCCAAAUUACUAUAGAGUUAAUCAGACUCAGCUGCUAAGUUUAUUCCUAUAUUCGUAAAAAAAAACAUUCAAAGAUUCGGCAAUAACUUUAUCAUCAGAAACAAUUGUAUCAUUAAUUAAAAGCUCUUUAACACUCGGCGAUUUACGUUUUUGUCCCGAAAUGGCAUUUAUCAAGGACCAGCUUAUUUAGCAUUUCUAGAAAGUGUACAAUGCUCAAUUUUCUCAUAAAAAUAUUUUGACUUUGCCUUACUGUUCUCGAUGUUCACGUUAUGGCGCUCAGAUUUACAUAAAAACCAUUGUGACUGAGAAUCGUGUUGUAUUUUUUUUGUGGAAAUCCAUGGUAUGUAAUCCAUGGUAUGGCGCGGUUCUGUCUCAACCUCUUCUGCCGUAGAGGUGCAUGUCUAUCAAGAGCUUCAAGAAAGAACGAUUUCCACACCUGCCAGGAUGGGUUUGGACUGGCAAAUUGAUUUAUAGAAUCCCAAGGUAGUUGGGAAAUAUUAUGAAUAAAGUCGUUUUGAACAAAAUUUUUAAAAUCUCUAACUUUUCUAACCAUGGGUGACGUUUUUCCCGAGUUUGGUGACGUAAGUUUUCUAAUAGCAAAAAUCAGACUAUGAUCACAUAUCCCAAGGUGAACAACACCAGACUGGGAUAUAUUUUCUGGUUUGUUAGUUAAAAUUAAAUCAAUUAAAGAAGCUGAUGUUGGCGUAACUCUUCUUGGUGGCUCAUUGAUAAGUUGGCCAAAGCAUUGAUAAGUUGAUCCGAGCAUUACCCGGAGCGUUUUUAGAAUAACAUCUAACUAAAUUUUCUUUGCAAAUUCUUAUUACAGAGUAUUAUCCAAACAUUUUAUCUUUGUGUUCUCGUUUUUAAUAUAAUGUUAGUGAAACUACUAGAAGAGAGCUAGCAGUCUACAGUCCCUCACGUAACGAGGCUUAGCCUCCCCCCAAAAUUGUCAGAUCUAGAGUUGGAAACCAUAAUACAAUACAUACUCUCAUCUGUAGUGUUAUUUUCCUUCCCCCUAACCCCUCCCCGACUCCAAAUAAACCAGCCUUUCGCUGCCGACGAAUGCAGUCAUCUACGACUCAAUUUUGUGAUACUUUUUGAAACUAUCUAAAUACAUCGCCAGCUCUCACUAAAGUAUAUUAGAGAAAAAUAACGUUCUUUACGUAUCUUUCCAAAUAUUGAAUAAUUUGCCUUUUUAAAUGUUUGUCUUCUUUGAAUACUCGAAAUAUUAUCAGAUUGUUUAAAUAGGCAUUAGCCAAACGUUUCUGAGCAUUCGAGCCAAACAAAAACAAGAACCUGCAUGUCUUCUAUAAUUAAUUAAUUUGAUCUCUUUAGAGCUGUGGAGCUAAAUAAUCAAGAUAUCGUUUCAAUAAUUUUGGAAUCACAGUAUGGCCGUGAAGCAUUACAAUUUACGGAUACUUCGGGAAGAACUGUUUUACAUCAUGGAUCGAAAUAUCCUAAACUCGUGAAAUAUCUGUUGGAGUCAGCUGAACAAAUAUUGGAUAAGGUAAAUACCGGCUUUUUGCCAAUUGCGUCAUGA